AUGGGAAUUAAGGGAUUGAUUCCGUUCUUGAACGAGAAGGUGCCGGGGAGCAUGACAGAGAUGUCACUGGAAAGCUUAUCCGGAGAAAGUAUCGCCGUGGACGCAAGCACAGCACUGUACCAGUUCACCAUCGCUAUCAGGGACUCGAGCUACUUCAGCUCCCUGGUUAACGCAAGCGGCGAGUCGACGAGCCACCUCUACGGCAUGAUGAGUCGCUGCUCAAAGCUCCUGGAGUGCGGAAUAAAGCCGGUCUUCGUGUUCGACUCGAAGCCUCCAGAGCUUAAGCUGAAGACGCUGGAAAAGAGACGCCAGAGGAGGGAGGAGGCCAGCACUAGCCUGAAGCAAGCCAUCGCCGAGGGCGACAAGGAGAGCAUAAAGAAGCUGAUGGGCCGCACGGUGAAGGUGACCAAGGAGAUGAACGACUCGGCGAAAAAGCUCCUGCGCCUCAUGGGCGUGCCGGUGAUCGAGGCGCCGGAGGAAGCCGAGGCGCAGUGCGCGUACUUGGUGCGCAACAGCCUGUGCAGAUUCGUCGCCUCCGAGGACACCGACACCCUGGCCUUCGGGGGAGGCUACCUCCUCAGGAACGUGACGGCGAGCAGCAACAAGAAGAUAGUCAAGGUCGACCUGCAGAAGGCCUUGAAAGGGCUCGACCUCACCUUUGAGCAGUUCGUGGACUUCUGCAUACUCUGCGGCUGCGACUACUGCGACACGCUGGAGGGAGUGGGACCGAAGACCGCGUACACGCUCGUUAAGAGGCACGCGAGUCUCGAGGAGAUAGUCAGCACGAAGGGCGGGAACUACGACGACUUCAGGGAGGCGAAGGAGUACUUUAUGGCCCCCAAAGUCAACGACUUUGACCAGGCCAGCGUCAAGAUGGGCACGCUGGACCCAGAGGCCCUGACUGACUUCCUGGUGAAUGAAAAUAACUUUGCGAAGGAGCGAGUCGACAAGUUUGUGGAAAAGCUGUUGAAAUUUAGAGGCAAAAAGGUUCAGACGUCGUUGUUGUCGUUCUUGACGGCGCAGCCGGCCAAGACGCAGCUGAAGGACAGUGGUAAGCGUCCGAGAGCCUCCAAGGGCAGUUCUUCGCUUAAGAAGUCAAAGACUGAGUUCGGCUCCAGAGCUAGUGUGAGCUCGAGCGCACGUGCGUUUAGUAAGAAAGAUGAGGAAGACGCAAAUGUCGCUGACGAUAAAUACAAUCAGCCAGACGAGAGAGUUGGAAAUGAAGAAGAUGAAGACGACGACUUUUUAAAAUUGUCGUUUGAUAAUGAUAAUAAUGAAGAGGAAAGUAGCAACGUAGACGAUCAGAGCGUCUCAAAAUCGAAGGAAAUGCCCGCUGAGGAGGAUGUUAAACUGGAAUUGAAGCUUGGAAGUAAUAAGAGAGUGUUGUUCGACGAUGAGGACGAUGAGUUGACCACGGCCACUAGUGAAAACAUGAAUUGCGGUACGUUUGCAAAGGCCUUCGUAACCUGUUCGAUGUGCUCUUACCGUAUCCUAAGCCGGCCAAGAGGAGUAAAACCUGAACUUCUUUUCACGUAUCGGCUGAGUGAUUCUAUUUAUACUAAGGCUGGUGGGUUCAACUUUGCUGAUUCUGGCCGCAUUGACUGCAAAGACGACCCCAAAUUCUUUACUGGUCACGCACACUCAAGCGGACAAGCUUCUUAUCCAGGAACUUUUACUGAUUUUACUCCUUUCUCUCGUACGAGGUUUUUGACCAGCUUUCUUCAUAACUCUCACACCAGUCGCAUUUUCGCCAGAUUUAUUGCCAGUGCACCCAGGACUGGCGCCGAGUGCUCUGACGAUGCUGAUCCAACCUUGAAGAAAGUGCACAAGGUCGAGGGCGUCGUCAUCCCCGAGGACCUUGUCAAAUUCAUCGUUGUGGAGGAAUUUGUGCCUCUGGUCACUUUUCACAACAUCUUUUCCGGCGACCCGUCCGACCUCGACGGCUCCCACGACUCCGUCUUUGAGUCUAACAUCUUUGAGAGGAACAGACUUCUGCACGCCGAGCGCGCCGCUUUGUUCCGGGACUCUGAGGGUGUCGACGAGGCCAAGAGGCUUAGGUUAAAGAGGCUCACGACCCUGAGCUUCUCCCACGGCAUCUCCUGGGACACCCUCGACAACCUCUACUUCGACUUCUUCAGGGCCAGGGCUGAGGCUCUCGGCCUUUGGGAGGAGAGAAAGCUCGACUUGGUUCAGUUUGCCAGGGAGGUUGCUCUCCGCAGAAUAAGCUCAAGUGACACCCUCAGUCAGUUCCGCUCUUCCGGCCGGCUCCUCAGGCUCUUCACUCAGCAGUACUACCGGCGCUGGCUCAUCUGCUACAUGCGCCCCUUUUCCUCCGGGAUGCUCGUCAAGUACUUGAAGGCCCACGUCACUUUCGCUCUUCUAAACAGGGAGUGUCAGGAGCUGCGCGGCCGUGGACUCGAGUCUCGCUUCGCCGAGUCCCCUACCAACCCCUACUUUAAGAACCUUCAACUAUAA